AAAAGGAUUUGGUAAUAAAAACCCAAUCGAUUUGGUAUUUUGUCAUUUAAUGACUGGAUCUAUUUUUAUUUUUUGCAUAAAAACAAACUUUUUAACAUACCGGAAGUUAAUUUUGUUCAUACUGGGACAUUAGUCACAUUAAUUUGUAUUUAUAAAAACAUGUAAAGAAUUUAUUUUAUAUUUGUGGUUUGAAAGCGCUGAUAGUGGAUGUAGUAACAGCAGAAAUCCUCUGCGCUCAGCGCGGACGGAUACUCCAGUGCGACAGUGAACUUUCCUGUCCGGGCAGUCCGACCGUCAAUCAACACUCGUAUUCAUCCGCUGGAGGAGACCAGGAAGUAGAGUCAGAGUGAGACGUCACUCCCGCCGAGGUCAAGGCGCGAGGCAACUAGCACAACUCGGAGCAAAGUCAGACCCCACCGGUGAUGCGCGCGAGGCUUUUAUUCAGGUCACCCCCCCAAAAAAAAAAAAAAAAAUACGCGGGACACCGUGGGAGCGAUGUGUCGCCGGCUUAGUUCGGGCUGUCCCUCCCCAGCUUAGGUCUCCAUUCAGAACAUGAGCCUUGGAGUUUAAACGAGCUCACGUGCGACCAACAGACGCGCGCGCGCGCGUGGACAGACAUGAAUGAACACACACCUGAAACGAGCCAUGAAUGAGACAAAAGGAGGAGAGGCGCGCGCGCGUGAACCCUGCCCUCCUUUCCUACAGGACGGAGGUCUCUCACGUUUCCAUCUCCCCUCCUCCCUCUCCUCCUCCUCCUCCUCCUCUCUCACGCGACGAGGGGGAAGAGGAGGGUGAUAGGAGAGGGAAAAUGAAGUCAAUUAUACAAGCGCCCGGCUCCAUGAAGCUCCCUCCUCUCCUGAACCACUGCCGCUGGGGGCUCAGCAUGCGCCGCGGCUCCGCGUAGCCUCCACCGGGACCGCCGGCUCCGCUCUGCAGGCAUGUCGGCCGACAGUCCGGACCCGGCCGCGGACAAACCGGCAGAUCGUGGCGAGGAGGAGGAGGAGGGGUCGUGCACGGCGGGAUCCUCGACGCCAGCUGUCGAGCAGCCAAGAAAACGAAAGGGAGCUGUGGAGGAGAGGUCAGACGCCCAGCACGACUGCCAAAUGGACGAUCACGUCAGCAGAUCUGAAGGCGAGGAUCAGCAGGUCAAAAUGAAAUGUUUCAGGGAGCCUCACCGCCAGAUCGAAAAGCGGCGAAGAGACAAAAUGAACAAUCUCAUCGACGAGCUGUCCGCCAUGAUCCCCGCCUGUCAGCCCAUGGCUCGAAAACUGGACAAGCUCACCGUGCUGCGAAAAGCUGUCCAGUACCUGAAAUCCCUUAAAGCUGGGGCGAGCGGCGCCUUCGCAGACUCCACCUGCAAGCCUUCUCUGCUGCCUCAGGACGACCUCUGGCACCUUCUGCUCCGGACGGCCAACGGCUUCCUGCUAGUCGUGAGAUGCGACCGCGCUAAGAUCCUCUUCAUCUCCGAGUCCGUGUCCAAGAUCCUCAACUUCAGUCAGUUGGAUCUGACCGGCCAGAGCUUGUUCGAUUUCCUCCACCCCAAAGACAUCAACAAAGUGAAGGAACAGCUGUCGUCCUCAGAGGUGCUCCCUCGCCAGCGCCUCAUCGACGCAUCCACUGGAGUUCAGAUCCCGGUGGAGGCGCCCGUCCGGACGCACCACAUGUCCACCGGAGCUCGCCGAUCCUUCUUCUGCCGCAUGAAGCACAGCCGGGUUGCAGGGAAGCACGAGGACAAGCACAUUCUGCCCAACGCCUCCAAAAAGAAAGACGGUUACAGAUACUGCACACUGCACUGCACCGGAUACAUGCGCAGCUGGCCGAGCGGCCAGCUGGACCCAGAGGGCGACACCGUCGACAAGGAAACCUCCAGCAUGAGUUGCCUGGUGACCAUGUGCCGCCUGCACUCCCACGCCUCCUACCAGGCCCCCAAAGACGUCCGCGUCAGAGCCACGGAGUUCGUCACCCGCUGUGCAAUCGACGGCAAGUUCACUUUUGUAGAUCAGCAAGCCACGACCGUUAUUGGGUAUUUGCCUCAGGAAGUUCUCGGCACGUCUUGUUACGAAUACUUCCACCAGGACGACCUGCAGCACCUCGCAGCCAAACACAGACAGGUUCUUAGAAGCAAAGAGAAGAUUGAGACGCAAUGCUACAAGUUCAAAACAAAACACGGCUCCUAUGUCUCCCUCCAAAGUCAGUGGUUCAGCUUCACCAAUCCGUGGACCAAAGAAGUGGAAUUUAUCGUGUCUUUAAACAGGGUUAUCUCGGGGCCUGGUCGCACUGAAGACGAGCAGGCGGGAGCCUCAAAAGCACUUCAUGAAGCGAAGACAUUGAGCGACAUCCCCGGCCUCGCCGACAGCGUUGGCACCAUGAUUUACGCAGGAAGCAUAGGGACUCAAAUCGCAAACGAGCUCAUCGACACCUGCAGAGCAAACUCGUCUCCAUCAAGCGGUGCUUCAAGUCCUUUCGGCCCUGCGCUGGAGAAAUGUCCGCCGGCUAGUAAGAGCGCCAGUGAGCCGCCGCCGGAGGCAGAAGUACUUCCUGUUCAGGCGAGCAGAGACGAGGAAGCGGGCAGCUCCUCCCAGUCUCAGUCGGGCUCCAGGACAGACGAAAGUGUGAGCGGUGCAGCGUCGGAGAACACAGGCGAGUCCUCCCAGCUGGACUUGGAGAUCAUGGGGGUUUCGGGGCUGAGCAGCUUCAGCAGCGACGAGGCGGCCAUGGCGGUCAUCAUGAGCCUGCUGGAGACGGACGUGAACAUGGGUCAAUCGGGGGACUUUGAAGACCUUCACUGGCCUUUCUAGAGGGAGCUCAGCGCCCCUCCGUUGUGCCGUUUUGUUUGUUGCCAUUCGGCGAGAGCCUCACAGUCCAGUCAAUCGUCUGAAGACUUACCCGGCCUUGAACUCAUUAGACUGGCGCCAAAGGCCGCAACUUUUCAUACUUGAUGACCGCUGGGAAGAAGCUGAUAGGAACUGUUGAGUCUCCCCUGACGGUCGCCUGGUUCUUGCUUGAAGGAAGGCGAGGUUAAAGUGCCCCUGGAGCCUGUGGUGGCCCAGUGUCUUCCUCUGAGACAUUAUCUGAAGGGGCCCGAAGCCACGGCCUACUGCAGCAGAACAAUGCGUCUGCUCUGCUGGCCUCGGUGACCACGAUCCGACUGCCAUGCGCACUGCUGCUAGAGAAACCCUCGACUCUCCCGCGUUGUGUUCAAAAAUAUUUGGAACACAUUCAUUAUUAGUGUGUUACUAACAGGACAGAACAGGAGAAGCAUUUCCCUGAACAGCCUGCAGUGCUAAUGAGGCUAGCUCAGGGCUCUGCAACUGUUGACAGUGAAGGAGCCAUUUGGUUCAGUUUUUUACUGAUCUAAACUCAGCGAGAGCCGUUAAGUCCCAAGUCAUCGUUAAAAAAUACUCUGUGGCCAUGAAGCCAUUCAUUUAUAACAUGCAGAUUUUAAAUAUCAACAAACAUUGAACUAUAACGGGGUUAUAUUUUUCUACAAAUAACUUCUUUUGCUUUUGCCAUCAGCACAUCCAAGUUCCUUUCAAAAUAAAAUCCAACAAAGCCAGCAAACGUGGCUUUUUCCGUCAUUACGGAUGCAUUAUCCUGUUAAAACCUGACGACAUUUAGAAAUUAACCAACACUACAAACCCCUGACUUAUUCAAAUCAUCAGCCUUUGGUGGAUCAGGCUCCUGUGGUCUGACAGUGCAUCCACUCCAACCGUAGUCCGCCCCUAAAAAUCCUUGUAAUGUGUGCGUGCAGUGUGAGUGCACAAAGGAAGUGACGAUAACACAGAACUGCAAAACAAAUCCGCCGCACUAAAAAGACUGAAAAGCCAGACGGCAGGAGGUGGAGGGAGGCACUAGGUCCUCAGCGGGUCCCAGCUUGUUUAGUGCAAUAUGACCUCCAACCGAGCGAGUUUCUCCCUCUGUUAGAUCAUCCAGAUGCACUUAGUGGUACCUUCUUCUUGACAUUUCUAGAAUCCAACACUCCUCUGUGACCACAAGAGCAAAGAAAACGUGACGUGGAAACUCGUUAUCCUUGAUUUAGCUCUUGAGAGUUCAGAAGGUCAAGAGCUACAUAAAAAUAUGUUUCUGACUAAAUCAAGAAAACAGAUCAGAUGUCCAAAAAACAGCAACUUAACCGUAUUUUUCCUUUCCAUUUGCUUUGUUAAUUAAUCUUAUAUCUAAUCUAUAACUGGGUUUUACGGCAAUGGUUGACAUCCUUUCUUUUAGUGAGACCCCAGCUUCUUGAAUUUUUUUUAGAUACAUUUUAUAUUAAAUUGCACAAUACAUCCGAUAUAAUCCCAAAACUGUACAAAAAGGCUAAUUCCAAGUCACUUCCUACUGCAAAAAUCAUAUAAAUUGAGAAGCAAACAGUUUUCAGGUUAUCUAACAAAGGCCAAAGGUUAAAUACAUAUCCAAAAACAAAGCAAAGACGAAAACUGUUAUAAAAUGUCUAAAAAGCUUCACUUAACUGGAUUUAUUUCAAAGUUUGUAACAAUUCUGUGUUGUUUAUUUUAAAUGAAAGAUUUCAAAACUAAUAUUUUGAAAUCUUAUCAAAUUAUGAGUGAAAACUGUACUGAUAAGGGGGUCUCUGUUAUUCCUACAUCAUUGUUAUCAUUCGAUGUGAUUGGCAAACACAUCAACGAGUUCAGACCGCUAAGGGUUAAGUUCCUGUUUUUGAGAAUUUCAGACUUAAACAUAUCAGUUUUAGACAAAAAUCAAAUGUUUAGCUGCAAACUGGAUGAAAACAGUUGCAGAGAAAACAAAGGCAAAGGAAUUUAACCUAAAACCUUUCAACUUGAUAAACUUUAGAAGGAUGAGAAAUGUUCGUAGUUGGAGGGUUUUGGUUCUCUCUGAUGAUGAGAGAUGUAAAGUCCUGCUUCCUCAAGUCUUAUCUAAAUCAGGUUCAUUCAUGCUAACAGGUUGUGUUUGCCAUGGAGAUGAUGGGGGGAAAAGCAGUUAUUCUCACCCAAACACCAUGACCCCAGGAGAAAAGAAGCUCAACGGAGAAAUGAACCCCUGUAGACAGAUACUAAAAGUGAAGGCCGAGCUGUGUGUGGAUCUAACAUGGAGUCCGGCUCUGAAACACUCCAGAACCGUCUGUGGUUCUCAGAAAUAUCAUGUGACUGAAUUGCCUCAUGCCGUUGUUGCUUCUGACAAAGGUUCUGUUGCAAAUCGACAGUUCUGAUGGUCCCUGCUGUCGCCAUCUGUGCCGUUUGAAAAUGGAACCUGGAGCCCUCGGAUCACAGCCCGCUUUCAAAAGACUAAAUGUUUGCCGUUUGUAGGUGAAAACUCGUCAGACAUCUGCUGUAACUAGGAAUGGAAGUCCAUGUGAACGACGGUAAAAUAGUUUGAUAAACUGUCAACGUUUUUUUUUUCAUUUAAAGCUAGACUCCAACAUCUGAAUUUGUCAAAGAUGGACUUGUAUAGAAGUGACUGAAAUGCUGACUGUGGUGCUUCGGCAAACUAGUUUUAUGUACAGCUUUUGCAAAACUGUUCAUCAACCAACUGGAGUCCACAAAGACUUUAAAAAAUGCAAUACUGAAUAAAUUUUUAUACAAAUAUCUGUCUUGUC